AUGCCACGGAAUCCGUUGGAAUGCCCGGGUAAGUUUUAUUUUUGUUCAUAGUGUAAUGUAAGUAUCAGUCUGUUGGGAAAAUAAUGUGGAGUUGUCGCUGCCAAAAAAAUUCUCAUCGAAGUGGCGCAUCAAAUUUCCAACCGCGGCUAGCCGUCACAAGGCGACGAUGGGCGAUUCGAAGAUGAAUCCACAUUAUUUUCCCGACAGACUGAUAUUUUCUCGGGAUCUCUUAAGCCAGACUGCAACUGAUCAAAAGCCAAUUUUUCAACUGUGUCGCCAUAAAUUUUGCACGCGCGAUAGACCUAUAAAUAUCAGUCGGGAAAAUAAUGAGCACUAUGCCUCUUUGCCGAUUACAUCGUCGAAUUGAAAAGCAACUUUAUUUUAACGCGACACAAUUCAUUUUCCCGGCGGCAAUGCAAUUUCGGACGCGACAGAAGGCUCAUUAUUUUCCCGACAGAGAAAUAAAGAUUUCGCCUCGUCGCAAAUCGCCAGGCGUUGCCAGCCGUCGCAAAGCAAUGAUGGGCGAUUCCAAGGCUUGAUGAAUCCACAUUAUUUUCCCGACAGACUCAUAUAUAUUUCGGUUGUGGCAACAAAGGCGUCGCAUGUAAAAUCGAAAAAGAAAUAGAGAGGAGAUUCUUCAAGCUGGUCUUCGGUCACAAAUAUCACUCUGUCGGAAAAAUAAUGAGCGCCCUGUCGCAUCGAAAAUCGCAUCGUCACCGAGAAAAUGAAUUGUGUCGCGAUAAAAUCAAAUUGCUUUUCACUUCAGCGACGCGGCUGGGACAGCAGGCUCAUUAUUUUCCCGACAGACUGACGGAGCAUCCGAAAAAUUCUAUUUUUACCGAUUCCUUGACCAAUUUGGUCCUUUCUUGAACGUUGCAACGCGUUGCCCCACACGAAAGAGUUAGUAUCCAUAAGUAAUCAAUUUUUGAACACUUUAGUCUCUCAUUGUUUUCUCUAUUCAUGUUUUUCCUCUCCAUGGAGCCGCCCCAUUCGAACAAUGGGUUCUUUUUCAAUUUUAAUGAAUUUGUCUGAUGGAUGAGCGGGCCCAAUUCAAAAUGUCCCACUUUUCAACACUCGUUUAAGUCGUUCUCCUUGAAGCCCUUUCACUUGACCUUUUCGAAAAAGUGACAUCUGUCGGUUAUGACCGUUUUUCCGAGGGCGGACGUUCGACUCAUCUUUUUGAUGUUUGUGUUCAAAUUUUUUCCGACAAUUUGCUUUCUUGAGCUUCAAAAUUUAUACGAUUUAUAGCAGAAGCAUUUCAUAUAGCAGGUCCUACCGUUGAUCAUUUCAUUGAUAAUUUUAUGUCAGUCUGUCGGGAAAAUAAUGAGCACAAUGUCGCAAUAUCGUCGCUGAAGUGAAAAGAAAUUUGACUUUAUCGCGACACAACUCAUUUUCUCGGCGAAUAUGCGACUUUCGAUUCGACACAGCGCCCAUUAUUUUCCCGACAGACCAAUAAUAUACAUUCUUGAAAGCGAAAAAAUUGUUUUCACAACAUUUGUUUAGUAAUUUUUGGAACACAAUUUGCCUAAUAAGUUCUAAACCAAUUUGACUCCCAAUCUGAGCCCUGAGAAUUACAACGUUUGUUUAUGUCCGACCCACGUUUACUUUGGGAAAAAGGAUACUUUUUGUCUUACGGAAAUGUCCUCGCAUAGUCAACGAAAGUUUAUGCUCUCACGUUCCCUGCUUAGAACUCUAGCUAAAGGGGAAACAAGACAAGUUCAAAGCUCAGAGUUUGGUGAGAUUUGUGACAAAUUUAGAACACUUUUUUAUAAGGCCCUGUAAAGCGCGAGCUACAGUUCUUAGCCAUUGGUAUAUGAUAUAUAUUGAUAUAUGUCGUAUGUACAAAAUGUGCGCAAAAUUUAAUAAAAAUCUGACCGUCGCACUUGGAAUACUUCCUCUGUAAACCCUAUUAGGAGUUUUUUCCGUUCUCGUCUCAACAAAUUGCCCAAGUAGUUUCCGUUGUUUACCCGACAGCUCUAUACUACAUUAGUAGUAUUUUCGUAAAGUGCAUGGACAUUCGUCGCGUCUCGCGUCGUGCACAAAAAACACCCCUCUUGUACCGUCCAUUUCACUCGCGCCCGCAGUUGAAAAAAGAUUAGGUCGCAGCGAUUUUUGGAUUGCACAGGGACCAAUUUGACAACCCCAAUCUCCCAUACAUUUAGUGCAAAAUCUGCGUAAAAAUUGAAUUUUUGCUGAUUUGGGGGUCAUUUUUAUUCUAGGGUGGGGUUGUGUGGCGCUCUCUGGGAACCCUGAAAAUUCGAAAUUCCCAUGCAUGACCAUCUUGUAGAGAAUCGAACUCGACACACAUAGGCAAAAAGAAAUUUGUCAAUACGAUCAUGCAACCUGCACUUCUGGGUUGCAGAAGUUUUAAAAAUGAUUUUUUUCAAUUGUCAUCGGGAAGUUUAUGCUGCGGUGUUCCCUACAAUAUUUAUAUUUUCUGAAAGCCAGCUUUUUGCUCUAUUGCCGUACCAAAUUUCAGCCUUCUAGCGCCAACGGCUAGCGAGAUAUAGAGAUAAAAAGCAAGCGAACUUCGAAAAAAAUUGUAAAAGUCGCGGAGACCGGUUGUGUCCCAAAAGUACAGAAUGCCGUUCCCGGCAUAAAAAUGAACCCGAAGUGAGCAAAAAUUCAAUUUUUAUGCCGAUUUUGCACUAAAUGUAUGGGAGAUUGGGGUUGUCAAAUUGGUCCCAGGGCAACAGGUCAAAUGUGCAGUGUGAAAAGCUCUGCACUGCAGGAUGAGCCAAGUCUUUCUCCUUGGAUGGUCAACUCUUCCUCUCAAAAUUCUUUUUUGUCAAGAUUAAUAUAAAUUUCAUUAUGUUUCAAUCUAUAUACAUCGACACAACAAUAACUCCAAAAGUAAGUUAAAUUAACCCUCUUUCUAUAUAUGCAAUGAUUUUUUGCAUUACAUAAGUUUAUCCUUGCGCAUUUAGCCAUUGUUGUAGGUAUACAAAUUUAGCUGAAUUCUGUUCGUUCUUGCGAUUCCAUGAACGGAAUUUGAAAGUCUUCCCCACAAAAGAACCGGCGUCGAGCCUUCGUGGUGCCAGAAUUGUUUCAGCAUGAAAGGACUUACAGUUUUUUUGUUGAUUCGAUUUUCGAUAUUACACUAGGUACUUUUAUCAAGUUGCAGGCAAAAUCUAAUGUUUUUGAAGUUUAAACCCGGAAAACUACAAAGCUGAGCCAUUACUAAACCGUCCCCAACAUAAAUAUUCUUUCAAACCAGGGUUUGAGAUGUCUUAGGGUCUAAGUGAUCAAGUACAACGUGGAUCUAAAAAAGUCUCAAAUACCUCUCAUUCUGUUCUAAACAUUUUUUACAUUGACCAGAGAUCUUUUAAAUAUGGUUUGCGAAGUAUUAAUACGCAUCUAUGGCCGCGGAUACAUCAAAGUUUUUCCAUACCUAAAAUCUGAAAAAAAAUCAAAAACGACAAUAAAAGGGGGGAAAUAAAUGUUACGACGUUAAGAAUGCUAAAAUAAAGUUUUAUUGUCCAUUUAGACCUUACAUGACGUAAAACGUGACCUAAUCUCGCCUUAAACUUACAAAAGUACCUAGUGUAAUAUCGAAAAUCGAAUCAACAAAAAAACUGUAAGUCCUUUCAUGCUGAAACAAUUCUGGCACCAAGAAGGCUCGACGCCGGUUCUUUUGCGGGGAAGACUUUCAAAUUUCGUUCAUGGAAUCGCAAGAACGAACAGAAUUCAGCUAAAUUUGUAUACCUACAACAAUGGCUAAAUGCGCAAGGAUAAACUUAUGUAAUGCAAAAAAUCAUUGCAUAUAUAGAAAGAGGGUUAAUUUAACUUACUUUUGGAGUUAUUGUCCUGUCGAUGUAUUAGGGUGAACCAAAAGUCUUUUCGUUUUUUAAGGCAUCUUUUUGUCCGUCUGUUUUUGUACGAAAUAAAAACUUUUAGAUGAAUGUAUUAUAUAUAUUUUUAAAGGUCUUGAACUGCUUUAUCAUAAUAUAUAUUAAAACUUUUAAUUGGUCUUUUAUUUAAAAUCUUUUAACCUGUAGAAAAAACAUGGAAAAAUCCGAAAUUCGUGUUUUUUUACGUCCUUACCGGAAACAUGGCUUUAACGCAACUGCAGCAGCAAAGAAGAUAAGCGAAGUUGAAGGCUACAAUGUGGUCUCAGAUCGUACUGCGCGAUUGGUUCAAACGAUUCAACGACGGCGACACGGACCUCGAGGGCAAGACAUCUUAAAAAACAAUUUUGAAGGCGUAAUUCACUUCGAGUUGGUUCCAAAUGGUCGGACUAUCGACGCAGACCUCUAAUACGCUCCACUCGAUCGAAUGUAUGCGGCGCUUGGCAAAAAAUAUCCCGCUUUGAUCAAUCGAAUGCGCGUACCCCUACAACAAGACAACGCAAAACCUCGCUCCGCCAAACAAACGAAGGAAAAGAUCAAAACUCUCGACGCCAUUGAACUUCUUCCACACCCAGCGUAUAUUUCGCAGCUUGCGCAAUACGACUAUCACCUUUUCCGGUCCAUGGCGCACUUUCUGCGUGGUCGUAGCUUCAAUGAUCUGGACGAUGUCGAAGACGGGUGCCGCGAGUUUUUCGCCUCUAUGAACAAGGAGCGGUACCGCAGCGGGAUCGCACAACUUGCCGAUAGAUGGGUUCAAGCCAUAGAUUCAAAUGGCCUUUACUUCGAAACUUGACUAGUGUUCGUUUGUUGUAAAAUUAUGUUUAAAGUUUUAAUAAAAAAAACGAAAAGACUUUUGGUUCACCCUAAUAUGUAGAUUGAAACAUAAAGAAAUUUAUAUUAAUCUUGACAAAAAAGAAUUUUGAGAGGAAGAGUUGACCAUCUAAGGAGAAAGACUUGGCUCAUCCUGCAGUGCUCUGCUACAAAAAGUCUACGUAUGUUUUAAGAAAAGCAUGACACAAAAAUUUUAAUUUUUUUUACUUGCAAAUCGUUUUUUUUUUUCGUCAUCUCAUUUUCGCCGAAUUCCAAGCCCCCGAAACUCUAUAAAUUUGGACGCAAUCAAAAUUCCAAAAUUCCGCCCGCUUCAAACGCGCUUCGCAAGUAUCGUCGCAUAGCAUCAGCGGCUAUUUAGGAAUUCCCAAGUGGCGGAAACAUUGCGUUCGCUGAGGGAUGAAAGAUAACAAUAGAAUGAGGAAUAGACUCCCGCAAUAUCUUUCGCAAAAAUGGGUCUGCACUUCGCUUUUUUUUGGAGCUGCAAACUAAAUUGGGGUUUUUUGGAAGUUUGGGUGAACUUCAAAAAUGGAAUAUUGGUAUUUUCAUAAAGUGCAUGGAUAAUUUUUCCUCUUCCGCACAAUGCAUUUGAACUUUUUUUUUGGCAGAAAGGUCGCCAAAUAACUCUUCAGUUUUUUUCAGGAUUCCCCCGACUCUACGGUAUAAACACGACAAAACCGGCCAACCUGGAAAGACUGCUCAUCGACACACAAUUCAGUCGAACUGAACUUCGACAACUUUAUCGGCAUUUCAAGGAUGUAAGUUCCAAAUUCGCAAGUCGUUUCUGCUAUCAGUCUGUCGGAAAAUAGUCAGCGAUCUUUUGUCGAUAGACAUAUUACGGUUUGGUAUUUACAUGCAAGCAAGGUUUAUGUUAUAAUACGGCGUAAAAUAAGUUUUUUACAUGGCGCGGUCCGCGCGAAAAAGUCUACGCACUCUUGGCCUAGAAUUGUCAAGACUUAGUUCUAAGUCGAGGUAUAGGAUGGCCCCUAACUUGCCCUCUACUCCUAGUAUCCGCUGCCCCUACUAACCCGGAGACACAAAUAGAGAACUCUAUCAAUAAACUGCGGACUCACGCAAAAUUGAUUCCACUUUGUAUCGACACGACCGGACUGGAUCAAACGGAAAUUCCAACAAUUCCAAAUAUAUGUUUAUCUCACCAACGAGUGACCGAAAAGCGGUCGAUCCAUUACAUUUAUAUCAAAAUAUUCGUGUUCAUGCUAAUCUCUGGGAAUUCUUCACGGAAUCGUGACAGCAUGCAGUCGACUGUAGUCUACUUAUUUUGCUUUUAGUUCUGCCCCAAUGGAGUUCUGAGUCUCGACCAAUUAAAGCAAUUCUACGCGCAAAUCUUCCCCAAAGGCAAGUCGGAGGAAUACGCGUGCUUUGUGCAUCGUGCAUUCGACUUGAACAAUGAUGGAAAUGUCGACUUCGAGGUAAUCUGAAUAAAGUAGUCUCUGUCCCGUAUUUUACCUACAAUAUCAUCGAAUUAGACACAAAUUUUUAUGUCCAAAGCCCUAUUAUAAAUCAUCCUUUUCGCAUCUUUAGGAUCUCGCUAUAACCUACUCAAUUCUCACUCGAGGAACAGCUGAAGACCGUGCCGAAUGGGUCUUCAAUUUCUAUGACUCGCAAAAGGAAGACAGAGUGGGACGGAUCCAACUGCUGUCAGUUAUGAAGUCAAUCUACGGGCUACUCGGUGAUCAUGUACGGCCGGUCCACGCACCCGCAAUAUUCAGCCAUAUGUGCGAGGUUUUUGAGGCAAGUAUGAGUUUGUGUGUGGUGCGAAAAAUUAUAGUAAAAUACGACGCCAUUUACAAACUGUGGCUUUUUUUAGCGAAUCACCAAAAACGAAAGCCAAUUCAUAUCCCGCCAGCAAUUCCUCGACUACAUUCUGAAUACCUCAUUGUCGGAGAGCACCUGCACCCCGAGGAACUCCUCCAACGAGGACUCAGUGAUCUCGCUCGACUCUCGGAUGAGCACCGAGAACUUUGUCACUCCCUAUUCCUCACAGUUCAGCGUCAAUGAUGCGCCAGAGCUGGUGAUAACACCGGGUUCCAGCCAAGGCGAGGGAACUUCGUUUUUCUCAAUGAAUGAGAAAGAGGAAGAUGUGGAAGAAGUGGAGACGCCAAGAGGAUAA